AGUCAAGAUCGACGUGCGCUGCCACACCUGACCUAGCGAAACCUGCUCCUUUGCUCCGGAGUCAAGAUCGUCGACGGUCUCUUCUAAACCACCAAGAGGAUCGGCAAAGAACACCCUGCGAUGAUACUUACGGGCCGCGUGCUUCGACUACCGUCGGCGAGCAGCAUCUAAGCUGCAGGUGGGCACCAAUUAAAGAAGCGGGGAAAGAAGAAGUAGACGUGAAGCAGAAGAACUAAUAAGCUUACUUGUAUUAAUGUUGGGCUAGCUGUUGGCUCUUAGAAGUAGACCAAGACAUCAGUUUACAGAUGCGACUAUGAGAAACAUAAGAGGUGUUAUGCUUGUGUUGUGCAGGGUCUUGUUCUUAGGUAUCUUGUGAAUUGUAAUGCUCUUUUAAGACAAGGAAAAAAGCAUAAAAAAACUUCGAGAUGGUUGAUUCCUCUGAUUUCACCUUUUGCCAGGUUGGUUUAGAAGUUCAAGACGACAACAUAGAGUCUCCUAAAGCAAUUCCUGAUAUUAAUAAGAUUGUUCUUGAAGACAAUCCUUCAUGUGGUUUGAGAACAAACAGAAAUCCAGUGCCAGGUGAUACUUCUCGAGACAAUGCAACUUUACAAGAGAAAUCUGAUGUGUCUUCAUCUCAUAAUUCAAGUAAAACAGCAAUUGCAAAUGACAAGCUAACUAAACUAAUGAUACCGGAACAAGUUAGAGGGGCAAAAGAUUUGGAACAUGCAUCACAGGAACAGAAACCAGUAGUGAAAAAACCUGUAGCGAGAGCUAAGGUUCCAUUUGAAAAGGGGUACAGCCAAAUGGAUUGGUUAAAGAUUACUCGUACACAUCCUGAUCUUGCAGGGCUUAAGGGACGAUCAAACUGCAGGCUAAUUACUCUGGAUGAAGUUAAGCAGCAUAAAACUGGUGGUUCUAUUUGGACAGUUCUAAAAGGCCGUGUUUACAAUAUUUCCCCAUACAUGAAGUUUCAUCCUGGAGGUGAGGAUAUGAUUAUGAAGGCAGCUGGCAAAGACUGUACUGCUUUAUUCAACAAAUAUCAUGCAUGGGUUAAUGCGGAAUUCUUACUGGAGAAGUGCCUUGUGGGAAUUCUAGAUCCUAACUGAAAACUCAAGCACAGAUAAAAAGGUCAUGCACUUCGGUGUUGCUUGUGUCUGACAGUUACAAGUAAAUUUAUUUCUUUAAGAAAAUAAGAGCAGACGAUGCUCUCAGCGCUUCUUGAAGUGGACCAUGUUGCUUAUGUACAUUUCCUUUCAUGUACCACUUAAUUGAUGAAUCUGAUGCGUUGUUAAGAUUUAUAUAUUUAGAUUGCCAUUGUGUAAAUUCCUAGUGUAUCAUUGUCCAACGUGAAAGAUUUGUUAUUUUCAAGAUCAUCAAAGCUGUCGGGAACAAGUGUAUUAUUUUGAACAGGAAAUUAUAGUCGUAACUAUUAUCUAUGGCUCUCUAAUGCCUUAGUUUUUUA